AUGGGUGGCGCUUUCUCCAAGGUCGCUGUGCUCAUCAUUUCAGCCCCCACCCUCACAGCUGUUAAAUCCUACGUCCCCAAUUCUCAGACGGAGCAAAAUCAUGACAUCGUGCCGAUUGGUGGUACAGACACCGAUAUGUUGCCCAAGAGAUCUCUCCAAGGGAGUUAUGACCAAGUAGCGAUCCCUGUGGUUGAAGAAGAGCGUGCAUCUUUAGCUAAUUUGAUUGAAAAUGCAGGAGAAGAUGCGAUUAGAAUACUGGUUUCUUCACAUAUGGAGAGGACUGAAAAUAACGUUCUGGAGUGUUUAGAAAAGAAGAUUAUGAAUGGAGAAUACCUCGGUUCUCCCGCCGACCGAGAUGCCAUCAUCAAGUUAUCCUCUUACCACGCCAAAAAAGUUGAAGAGGGCAACGAUAUAUCAACCGCAACCACGAAUAUAAUGAAUCGCUAUGACCCGAUCUCUUUUAUCCGUCGAGAUGUCAAAGCUCUACAUGAUGGCUCCUCCGUCGCCGCCAGUAAAGACAUCCAAUUUCUUGAGGAGGCCUUCGACAUUUACAUGUUUUGCGUCGGCGAAAUUGAGAACUACGCUCAAGAAUUAAAAGACGCCAUAGCUGAAGUCGCACAUCAUACCAAAGAAGCUACAGUAGCUCUCAUUGUCGCCAACUUAGCCCGUGAUAUCAAUUCUGCCCACUCCGCUGAAAUGGCCGAAUCUUCCUAUGCCCACCACACUAUGCAAGCCGCACUUGCUCAGAAAAAUGCCGACGUAGCCGAUGCUCAGACUAAAUAUUACAGUCGCAUCGCAGCUUUGGCAUUUCAAAAUCCCGAAUUCGCUAAAUUCGAUCACAUGCGAAUAAUCCAAGGGAUCCAAGACGCCCAUACUGUUGCUCAUCAAAGUCAACUUACCAGUCAGCAGACCAGGCAAAGGCUUGGAGAGCUCGACUUGACUGCAAGACAUUUCUUGCUAGACACAUCGCUUAAAUUUGAAAGAAAAACGGAUACCCACAGGUUUAGCUAUGCUCUCCGCGAGAAUGUCCAAAACAUCCAGAAAGCUAUCGGAGAAGCUGUUGAAAAAGCCAAUCCUGACAAUCCUAUAAAGCUUCUCAAAGGUCUGACAGAGAUGCAGACAAGAUUUUUUUUUCGCAUGGUCAACAAAUGGAACGAAGACGGUAUUAAAAAUAUCGUCAACCAAAACAAUGAGGAUGAUGUUCCGUGGGUUACACUUUGGGGCUCGAACCCUAGACGGCCACAGCCGUUCAAACAAUUAAGAAAUGAGUAG